GCGUACUUAAAAAGGGGGCGGGGAGAAUGGAACGGGGAAGCGCGCGCGCCUCUCUCUCGUGACAGCCCAGCCCGGCUCGCCUCUCCCCCUCGGCGCUCCAGCUCCGGUGCAAGGAUGGCGCGCGCCGCUGCUGCUUCUGCUUCUGCCUGGACACUCUGUUUCCUGCUUUUGUCGUCGGCCCUCGCUUUGGCCGCCGCCGCCCGGGCGCGGAAGCCCAAUGUGGUGUUAAUCCUGACCGACGACCAGGACACCUAUCUGGGCGGAAUGACACCGCUGAAAAAGACCAAUGCUCUUAUUGCAGAGAUGGGGAUAACCUUCUCAAAUGCAUAUGUGCCCAGUGCAUUGUGCUGUCCCAGUAGAGCAAGCAUCCUGACGGGAAAAUAUCCACACAACCACCACGUUGUCAAUAACACACUGGAGGGAAACUGCAGUAGCAAAUCCUGGCAGAAGAUUCAGGAACCAUUUACCUUUCCUGCCAUCCUCAAGUCCAUGUGCGGCUACCAGACGUUCUUUGCUGGGAAAUAUUUGAAUGAGUAUGGAGCAGAAGAUGCAGGAGGAAUUGGUCAUGUUCCUCCUGGAUGGAGUUUUUGGUAUGCAUUGGAAAAAAAUUCAAAAUAUUAUAAUUACACACUUUCAGUAAAUGGAAAAGCACGGAGGCAUGGUGAGAACUACAGCGUUGAUUACCUGACGGAUGUACUGGCCAACAUGUCCUUGGAUUUUCUGGAAUAUAAAUCCAACUUUGAGCCAUUCUUCAUGAUGAUAGCAACUCCUGCACCCCACUCACCUUGGAUAGCUGCUCCUCAGUACAAGAAAAGCUUUCAGAAUGUCAGUGCUCCAAGAAACAGUAAUUUCAAUAUCCAUGGAAAGGACAAACAUUGGCUCAUCAGGCAAGCAAAGACACCAAUGACUAAUUCAUCAAUACAAUUUCUAGAUGAUGCUUUUAGGAAAAGAUGGCAGACACUUCUGUCAGUGGAUGAUCUGAUUGAAAAACUGGUGAAGAGGCUGGAAUCUCAUGAAGAGUUGGAUAAUACAUACAUUUUUUACACUUCAGACAAUGGCUUUCAUACAGGUCAGUUUUCAUUGCCUAUCGACAAACGACAGCUCUACGAGUUUGACAUUAAAGUUCCACUGUUGGUGCGAGGACCGGGAAUCAAACCCAACCAAACGAACAAGAUGCUUGUGGCAAACGUUGAUUUGGGUCCUACUAUUUUAGAUAUUGCAGGCUAUGAUCUAAAUAAAACACAGAUGGAUGGGAUGUCACUACUACCAUUACUGAGAGGAGAUGCAAAUGUGACCUGGAGAUCAGAUGUUUUGGUUGAGUACCAAGGAGAAGGACACAACAGUAGUGAUCCUACCUGCCCUGCCCUUGGACCCGGUGUCACCCAUUGCUUUCCAGAUUGUGUCUGUGAAGAUGCAUACAACAAUACAUAUGCAUGUGUAAGAACACUCUCUUCUUCAUGGGAUCUGCAGUACUGUGAAUUCGAUGAUCGUGAGGUGUUUGUCGAAGUUUACAACUUGACUGCAGACCCGCACCAGAUUACCAACAUUGCAAAAACAAUAGAUCAAGAAAUUUUAGAAAAGAUGAACUAUCGGCUAAUGAUGUUGCAGUCCUGUUCUGGAGCAACUUGCCGCACACCAGGCGUAUUUGAUCCGGGAUACAAGUUCAACCCACACCUGAUGUUCAGCAAUCAUGGGACUCCAGCUCGCAGACUUUUUACACGGUCACUGUAGCUGCAGUGGCUAGCCUGUUGUGUUAACAUUUCUUCAAAGUGACUGCAGAAUAUCUGCUGAAUCCACUAUGACUACAUAUGAAAGGCAUGAUUGGCGGACUCUGUUUGGAGAAAAUAACCUCCCGAGCUGGUUGUUUUGUGCAAUACGUGCUAACAGACACAAUCGGUCUAGUUCCCUCAAAAUCUGAUUACCACAUCAAUCUGAAAAUGGUAUCCUGAAUGUUGACUUGUGGCCAGGAAUCUCAAUUUGUUUGGUGUUAUGUGAAAGACCUCAGGUGGGUGGAAACUGUGUUAACUACUUACCUUUGAGAGCUGGUUCUGACGGAAGUAUUUUUUUGGGGGGGGGGAUAGCAGGGUCAUCCUGGCCAACCCUGCAGGCAGAGGCUAUAGAUCGCCUCCCUGCUAAGCUUUCAAGAAGAUGCAUUGUGCUUCUGGGUUGUGUUUAGAAGUCUAGUAUAAUCAAGUUAACCAGGGAGGUUGCCAUUGUUUUUCUUCUUAGCUUUUCAGGACUCGUCUGGAAUUGCUGAUUAGAACAUAUGUGCCUGUUAGAUUGUCUCAUGUAUUAAUCAACUGUUUUCAGAUCAGAACCAAGUAAGCCACUAAAUGGAGACUCCCCCCCCCCCAAAAAAAGAUAAAUGGCACAUUCAUCACAUUUUCUAUUUUGUACGGGAGCCACUAAUUUAAGAGUGAUAUUUUAACUGGAAAUUGUGCAUUCUCAAAAGUACAAUAGAAUCUGACAUUAGGGUUGCCAGACUCAAUAAAGGACAGGACUUCUGUGCCUUUAAUUGCCCUGCUCUCUUUUGAGUGUGGAAACCUUAAAGAGAAACUAGGAGACCCUUUGUUUAAUUUCCAAGCAAAGAGUCUGCUGGUUUCUCUUUAAGGUUUCCACACUCAAAAGAGAGCAGGGCAAUUAAAGGCACAGAAGUCCUGUCCUCUAUUGAGUCUGACAACCCUAUCUGACACCCCAAUGUAGCAAUAUAUACAGAGGAGCGUAUUUGUUACUUUAGGAUAUAAUGAUUAGUGCAUUAGCCCUUUAUGCCAGAAAACUGCAAGUCAUAUUUAUUUGAUGCCCAGACUUGACGCUUCUUAUUCUUGAUUGCCCUAUGCUUGUGAAAUAUAUUGUUAGCACUUGUUGAACGUUUGGUCCUAUUUUUAUUUAAUAUCCAGAGAAGCCAAUCAGGCUAUUUUGCUAUCAACAUUUGCUUGAAUACCAGACCAGUUCUCUUCAAUUGGCUGACUUAUCACCCAAAGGGCAUAUCUCCUUAAACACUUAGGCAGCACAAUGCCCCCAGUUUUGUCCCAAUCGUAUCCACUUAACAAUAGAUAGGAGCAACAAAUAUAAAUGGACCUCUUUUAUAAGAAUGGCCUAUUUGGACAUAUGCUGUGUCAGAUGAUCUAAAAAGACUGAGGUCACAUAAAGUGAGAAUGUGGCUUGAGUCAUCCUGGAAGUGGGGGGAGAGCAUGAAAGGAAAUUGCUUCAGAGAUUUAGGCUGUUGCUCCAGCCAAUUUAAACACCUCUGAAAAUCAGUCGGGGAGGGGGGCAUUGCUUGUCAACUUUAGUGAUUUAAAUCAGAGCUAGAAACGUGUAAGUUCUGCUGCAGUUAAAUAUAUUACAUGUUUUUAUUUUCUGUUUGUCAUACAUAACCUUGAGAAAGAUUACUCUGCAUUUAAUACCUCUAGCUAGAGUGGAUCAGAAUGAGUUCCAACAUUUUUUAGCAGCAAGCUCCUAUACCAUAUUAAGGUUAACUUCUAAUGUAUGCCUGUGUGGACUUGAGAGUAGGGGUGGGAGCCUGUAAUCACCUGGAAGUUGUUGGGACUCCCAAUUCCCAGCCAUCACAUUCAUCAGUUGGGAAUGAUGAGAGAUGCAGUUCAGUGGUACCUGGCAGGCCAGCGGUUUGCCACCCCUGACUUUAAGAAACAUUUAAGAGUUAAGGUGUUUUACUUGGUCUGAGCAAAAGAUUCUGUGCUGCAUGUCUUAAACAAUGUUCAUGCUAUCGAAACUAACCAUACAGAAUGAGUGAAACAACUUAGUAGUAGUUUGAUAUAUUUAAUACUAUGAAAUUCACCGGUUGAUUCCUCACAAGGCACUUACGAACCAGGUAAUAUACAAUAGCAAUUCAGGAAGAAACUUGGGAUUUUGUAAAACGUAGAAUGGAAAGAUUUUACUUGUUUUGUUAUUCCUUUAGGUUCUUACUAUCAUUUUCUUUCAGAACAAUGGGCUUGCAUCUCAAAAUGUCUUAAAUGUGUUAACUUCUAAAUAUCCUAUCCAAAACUGCAUAACUUUUGUAAAAAAAACACCCCACACACACACACACACACAACUUGUGGAAAUGAUUUUAUUCGUGCAAACUGGACUUUCCCUUUUCCUCCACCUGUAGAACCCCAUACAACCCCAAAAUUUGCUCUGGGUGGGGAUUGGGGGAGCUUUGAAGGCGUCAGGGAGAGGAAGGCUGAUCAUGUCUCAGAGCACAAUGUUGGCAUGGGAAAGACAGGCUGCUUUGAACAUGAUGGCAAGUGGAAUCAUAAGAAUGAGAGCGCCACCAGAAACCUAUUUUUAACCAGUCUUUGUGCCUAAGCAUUUACCUAAAAGUAACACCGCCCCCCCCCCACAGAUCUAAUCACUUAUUUGUAUGCUUCCAUUCUGUAAGAUUCUAGCUAUUGUUGUUGCCUGUUUGCACUUUACGAUGAAGACUCUGUCCAACUGUUGGACACCAACAGAGGCCUUACACAAUAUUAGUUUUAAAGGAAAUGUGACGGUAACAUUCACAUUGCUAAACAGAGCUGCUUGGCAGUGAUGUGGGAGCAAACUAUGCAGUAGAAAAUGAAUCUGCCUGGCAAGCCAAUUACUCAUGACAUUGCAUAGCUGCUAUAUCGUGAGGAGCAGCCCAGAGGUGACUGGUGGAGUUUUAAUUUAAAAAAAAAUUUUUGCACAGCUCACCUCUUUUGUGCAUUAAAAAAACAACUUCUAGCUCAAUUAACAGAACCUAUCAAAAAAUUUCAGGGCUCGUUAAUGUUUCACAGCACUGCCCUAACAUCUCAGAAGUUUCUGCUAAAAAACAACUCUUGGCCAAAGUUCUUUUAAAAGGCAAGUUACCCUGGAAGGCUGUCUGUUCAUAUGUAACUCACCAAAUAGACAGUCACUGCAUGUAAUUGCUAGGGUUUUACAAGUGCUUGUACUAGGUAGGUCUUUUUUGUACUUGGGCCCCACACCACCGAAUCCAUCCUGAUCAGUACAAAACAAAAAACCGGUAAAAUGUUUGUAAUGCUGCUCAAAACCAUGGCAUUUUUUUGUUCAGUUUUCCUUCAAGUGUAGCUGUACGACAACUGUGUAUGCUAGUUUCCUUACUCAUGAAUCAUAGCAAUUUUUUUAGAAAGUGCCCUUUGAAGGACCCUGUAUUAUUGCUGCACUUUUCAGUAAUUAAAUUUAUGUACAACAAAUAAUUGUUUGUGAUGAACUGAAAUUAAAGGCACACACAUCUGAAUUGUUGAGUGACUUAUCUAUUUGGUGAUCACAACACAUUGAUUUAGCUUUGUGAGGAACAGCUUAAAAUUCUGUAAAAAAACCCCACAAAGCACAGCUCGGCAGCAAGGGACAGGACACCAAGCUACCCAAGACCACUGCGUGCUUUUAAGAACCUUCCAUAAAGACUCCAGCAGCAAUGAUGGAUCUUUUACAACCAAUGGAGGAGGUCUGUGGCUAAGUUUUCAUUAGAUGUUAUAGCAUCAUGUUAGAGCCCUGAAAAACAAUUUUGGAUAAAUGCAGGCCCUGCAGUUUCUCAAAGUAGAAAGGGUUGUGAUAAUAUGCAAUGUCUAUAAUAUGACAUCUCUCUGAUUCUAAUGGACCAAAGCUGUUUAAUGUGUUAAGUACCUGCCAUCACCAAGCUGACAAAUACUUGCUGCAGGAUUGCUUAUGCCUUUACUAGGUUGCGUGAUUUGAAUUUGUAAGGAAUUUUCCCGAUUGCUUGAACAUGAGCAAAUGGUUUGCUUUUUCUUAUCCUUGAACAUAGCAGAAUUUUGUGUCCCGGGAAAGUCACUAUCCGUCUCUGGCAUGUGGAAGUAUAACUGUAAAAACAGCAAAAAUAAUGUAAAUGUUGUACCCCUCACCUUUGGAGAUAUUGUGGGACAUUUGGCUUGUGUCAGAUGCCUGGUGCUGAUUCGGGAUACUGAUGUUGCGAAGUCCCAUCAAGUUAGCAAAGAUUGUUAACUUGUUGUUGGAAGUACUAUAAACUUAAACCAGUGAUUAAACAAUGAAAACAUCCAUAUCGGUGUGAACUUCAGCUUUAAUGAUGGAAUUACAACUUGCUAUAACAACUUCAAAGGGAAUCAUUAAGGCUUCCCUAUUAAAAAAUUCAAAAUAAAUAGUACAGCUUUGUUUUUUAAAAGAAAGAAAACUUUUUUCAGUGUUUUCCACAUCACCCUCCAGUCAGCUACUACCAAAGUCAAAACAUAACAGUUUGCAAUGCAUCUUUGACAGAUUAAGAACCUGAUAAGAAAACAAAAUUUAAGCCUACCCCAAAAACCCCUACCUUUGGAUCAAUGUUGACCUAUUCUUUGAAGCUUUGGGGUUUUAAAAAAAGCAAAACAAAACACCUGUAGUAACCAGUGUGUUUUCAGCUUGAGACUGCUUGGACUAGAAAUUUUGUUGUUCCUGCAGUUCAUAAAACACACCAAGAGAAGAUGUAGGGAUAAGGAAAACACAAAGUUCAAGUAAAAAUAAUAAUUAAGAUUCACAUACUUGUAGAUUGUCAUUUCUAGACUGAAAUACAGUAUUUAAAUUUCGAGCAACCUGAUUAAUAUUAAAAUUCCAAACAUCAACGUUUUAUGAGUUUCGAUAGAAUUAAAUGAAUCCUAGGGCAAGUUUUAGAAUUCAGAUGCUCCCAGAUGCAAGGCAUGAACAAAGAGCUACGCCGAAAUGCACUCCCCUUCCCCAGUUUACCACGUCCGAGUUGGGCAGCCAUUUUGGAACUGUGCACAUGAGAAUACGAACGCAAACAAGGGUGACGUUUUCUCCCGACUUGCCAGCAGCAUGUUCACUCUCCCUGCCGAUGGCAUUUCUUCCAAAGGACUUGCCACUGCAUACUGGAUAUACUGCUCCCUAGCUCUGAUGGUGUCCAUUUAGAGGCCAAAAUGGGGGUGGGACAUGGAGCUUUCUUCCCUUACUCCACUGACUUCUUAACCCAGGAAGACAACCAGAGUGCAAGCAGGAAGCAGGGCCCUCCUGCCAUCACUCCGAUCUGGCUUCAAGACAGUUCCUGUUAGAGGAAGAAGUGAUGGGGAGUCACCACCUUUUUUUUGCGGUGUGGCGCUACCCUCUGCACCCCUAAUUUUACCAGAAAGGGCUCAGUGAUUAACUUUCAGCUCUGCUCUAGUGAAAAAUAUCUUUCUGUGACAAUGCUUUAUGCAGAAGCCAUGUUUGAUGCCUCUUGCUAAGAGGAUUGCGCCGCCUUGCGCAAAGUGUACACUCUCUGCCAGUUAGCGGUGUAUCCCUGGUGGGGUAUAUACCCUUGCACACGACUGGCCAACAUUUGUGCUAUAAGAAGCAUUAAAAUGUUGACACUUCCCUCAACAAAGGGCAAAGGCUUCUGGGUGGCUGGCACAUAGGAGCAGUUAACACCUAAACCUUUCCGAUAAUGUGACACAUAGCCUUUGUUGAAAAAUAAUUCCAAAACUGAUGUUAACGCAUAACCUGCACCCACUACCCUAUGUGACUCUUGAUUAGGUCUCCGGUAAAAACAGUAAGACACAUACAAAGCACUACAGUAUUACACAUGAAAUAAUAAUAAUAAAACUCCAACAAGAUAUGCCUUUGAUUGAUAGCCUAAUUCUACUUUUAAGUUAUUGCUAACCAUUUAAUAUAUCAAGAUUGUCUUGGCAAGUCUGAGAUCAGAACCUCUCCCUCAAACCUCAAUAUUUUGAGGGGAAUAAGCAGCCUAAGUUUUUUUUUUAAAAAGGCACACUUUUCCAAGAGAACAUAUGUCUUGGAGUUGCAUAUAAUCCCCACCAGGUGUCAGCAACUGGCAUAUAUUACUCAAAUUUCAAAAUGAAUGCCCAAAUAUUCAAAGGGAGGGGGAAUGGCUGCUGCUCACGAUUCCUUAAAUUAUAUAAAUUAAAGUUACUCCAAACCAAUAUCUUUUUUUCCCCUGGGUGGCCACAGAUAUAAACUUGAAAGUCUUUUGAUACAUUUAUAUAAAGGUUUGAAUUGCACACCCAUUCCUUUGAUUACAUUUACACCUUACGUACUUUAGAUAAAAAUAGUUCUAGAAAAAAAUACAGUUACAGUCAAAACGCUAAAUUCUUCCUCUUCCAAUUAUUUAACAUGGUUCAGCAGCAUACAGAAUCCUAGCCAGUUUUUCCAAACUUGUAUAGUUUAAACACAGAAACCAAACCACAGAUAGCUCAAGUUGCUCACAGCGCAAAGCUACUUUCCCUCCUAGCCUACUUAAUUCAGAAGGAUUUUCUUUUUUUUCCUUGGGUUUUUAAAUAAAACCAGGAGAAUGGCACUAUUUUGCCUCUUUCUACGCAAAGGUACAAAGUUUUGUGCUGACUUCAAUGCAACUGCAUCUUUCAGCAUUGCAACAGUUGUGCAUUAAUUCUUUAAAUGCUGUUUUUACUCAUGAAAACCUCAACCAAGAAUCUGACUGUAUUUUAACAGCACAUGCGAGAUUGUGACUAAAGUGUGUUGCUGGUCGCACACAGCCUCUAUGCAAUUCAACUUUUACUAUAUUUAGUAAAUUCUCUCUCAAUAAUAGCAUCUGAAUAUAUUAAUUUCAGUAACACUAAGUAUAAACACUCAACCGCCUUUACAACACACUAACCAACUUUUCUCAAGUUCCAACAUCCUCACUUCUCUCCUCUCGUUACCUUCUUUUCUACUUCCCCUCUAUCUUCUCCAGCUCAGAAUACUUCAACACCUUCUGCAUACCAUUGGAACACAAUUGUUCAUCCCUUCUACAAAUAAAAAGUAAUACGUAUUUCAAAAAUAUCUGAAGAAAGGUAGUGCAAAAAUCAAUUUUGGUAUCAAAUAGUGUGCUAUCCUUAUCCUAAACUGAGCUGAGAUUUAUAAUAAAAACUAACUUGUACACCCCUUUAAAUUUUAAAAGCUACAAAUUAUAAUUAAAGCACAUAAUGUCUCGUGUUUCACGGGGUCUUUGAAAAAAAGAUUCAUCAUACAAUCACAGUUGGCAUGAUGCAAUCUUGAAAAGACUCGUGAAGUAUGCACACAACACAGGUCUGCAAAUAUUGCAAAUUCCCUUUGCUGCUACCUGCAAGAUGUAAAAGUAUGUCAAAUUUACAGAACCACCUCUAUGGUAACAAAAAAAAGGUCAUAUGUUUUAAUGAGACAGGUAGUCUUGCUCUUGCUCUGGGGGUUGGCAUGCUAUGCAGUAUUUGGUAAUUUGUAUUUUUCCUGAGUGUUCUUUGGCCCCAUUUUAACCUGGUUUCCAGACUCCACCAAGGGCUUCUUCAAGUUUGUCUUUGUAUGCUGCAUAGCGUCUCUGUAAGAUUUGCAGCUGCUCAUCUUCUUCCUUGUCCAGUAUACGCAAGAAGUUCUGUAGUUCAGGAACACUAAAGGCUUCCCAC